AUGAAAACUGCUAUUGAAGAAAAGAAAUUGGCUAACCAAAUUUAUUAAACUACUUUAAAAAAUUUAGCUAAUGAUGUGUUGACUUAUAAUUCAUACAUGUAUUCUAUGCUUCCAAAGUCAGAGCUAGACUUGAUGUUUAUUGUUGACUGUACAGGUUCUAUGGGAAGCUGGAUUACAGCUGUAAAGAAUGAAAUAUUUGCUAUCGUUAAGUAAAUUAAGCAAUAAUUCAAAACAAGUUGUAUUCGUCUGUGUUUUUGUGGAUACAGAGAUAUAUAAGAUGCUAAAAUUAGGUUUUCUAUUUUCCCUUUUUCUACUAAUUGGCGUUAGUUUAAAAAAUUUGUCUCUGGCGUAAGCGCUGCUGGAGGUGGAGAUGAGCCUGAAGACGUUUUUGGUGGAUUUAAGAGUUCUUUAGAAUAAGACUGGGCUAGUGGUGCUAGAUAUGCAGUUUUUAUUGCAGAUGCUCCUGCUCAUGGUAAAGAUUAUAAUGAUUGUGGAAGUGGAGAUAAUUAUCCCAAUGGAGAUCCUAGUGGAGAAGAUUUAGAGCAUUUUAUGUAAAUAUUUGCAUAGAAGAAAAUAAAGCUUUACUCUGCUCGUAUAAACUCAUCUACUGACAAAAUGAUGAAAAAGCUUUCUUAAGAAUAUUAAAAGUACGCUGGAGUUGAAAUAUAAUAAGGAGAGCUAGGAAAUUCUGUUAAAGAAUUUGGAAAAUUCAUAGUAAAAACUGCUCUUGAAACUCUAAUUAAAAAUCAAGAAGAAGAAGGAGUUUAAUAAAUUGACACUAGUAAAUUAUACUACAAAGUAGUUUAUAACAUGCUGAAUAAUAUCUAAUUCAAUAAAAGUAAUUUUGAUUUCAAAAUAAAGUAUGAUGAAAUUAUGGCUAUAAACAAAUCUUUCAGAGAUUAAGAUGGGGCAAGAGAUGAAGAAACAGAAAUUAAUGAAUAUUAAGUAAAAAAUUAAAAAUCAAGUAGCUUAUUUAGUCUUCAAGGAAUAAAAGAUAAAUUGGAGAGUUUGAUUUUAAAUGAUGAUAAAGCUUCUUCUUCUACUUGUGUUUAGGCAAAUAGAUACGAUUUUAGUAUCUAAAAGGACAGUGAUUAUCAAAAUAUAGUAAGAUGGGAUAAGCCUCUGCAUAUUUGCAAAACUAAGAAAGAAGUUAAUCUUAGCAUAGAAGGUAUUCCAUUUGCAAAAGGAAAUACUAAUUACGUUUUUAAAUUGAAGGAAGAUAGAGAGGAAAGAGUAGGAAAAAUUCCUAUUAAGGUAAAAAGGAGCUAAAAAGAUGAUUUGGAAUACUACAUAAAUCUCAACAAAGAUAUAAUUAUUGCAUAGCAAAUAUAUGAAAAAGAGAAGUUUGUUGACUUUUGCAUUUAUGAAGUAGAAAUCAAUAAUAAAAAGCUCUUCUUUUCUAGUUAACCUUUCCAAAAAGACCUAAAUAAUUACAACAAAUUUGCUAGCUUUCAAGAGAUUGGAUAUGAUUCUGAUGGGAUAAAUAAAUAAUUUGUUGGACACCAAUCUUAUCAGAGAACUUAUGGCUACUAUAUGAUUGCUAAUUAUUAUUAAUCGCCAAACAACAGUAAAAUAUUCAAACCUUUAGUUUAUUCGUUAGAUCCAAAAGUUCUCCUAACUCUUUAGAAUUAAAGUUAUCUAGGUAUCUUUAAGUAUUUUAUAAAUCAUACUUGCACAGAGAAGUGCACAUAAGAAAACGAUUUAAUAGAUCUUGAGGAUUUUACUGACCCAGAAAAACUAAAUUUUAAACUACCUGAGCCCAUAGAAUGA